AUGGGUAACGUGUACGCGUCGCACAAGGAGAAGGUCAUGGACCGCGUGUAUGAGCGUGUGAUGGGGGAAGCACUGGGUAAGCGAUUCGAAGCGACCGUGCUCGAUUCCGAUCCAAUCGGUGCUCGAGUGCAACUUAGUGCUCAGUUGGACAAUGGGGAAUUGUUUUGGUCCAAGCGGACUGAAAUACGGAACGCGGUUCUGCAAAUUGGAUUGGAGAUAUCGGGUGAGUUGAUGGUUUGA